GUACGUGGUCAGCUGCGGGGAUGGGCAGGUGUAUGUUACCUCUCUCCGUGUGAAGUUGUUCAUACUGACACUACUAUAUUCUACACCACGUCUAAGGAGAGUUCCCGACAUCUGAAGCAAUAGGACGGUGGAUAUUGUCGGGGGGGCUGUGUUAGGGGCGGGGGAAAGAUAAGCCGCGGUUGCCGUGUGUGUAUAAACAAAGAUGCUGAAAGCAGCUGGGUUGUGUGGCCUGGUGGAUCAGGUGGUGGGUGGCCACAGGUGCAACAUGGCCCGUGUUGUGGCCAGGGUGGCCACCUCUCACCCCUGCUGUGUUCAGGUGAGGGGCCUGGCCACCUCGCCCGCCAUGGCCUCGUUAUUACCCACCGCUGAUGACUUCUCUGUGCGCCACAUAGGCCCUCGCGACAAGGAUCAGCACGCCAUGCUCGCCUUAUUAGGAUAUGAGUCGCUUGAUUCCCUGACUGAUACAGCAGUACCCGAAAACAUUCGCCUUGGGAGGGACCUGAAUGUGAACCAGCCUGUAGGAGAGCAUUCCAUCAUUGCUAGGAUUAGGGAGAUUUCGGAGAAGAAUGAAAUAUGGCGUUCCUACAUUGGAAUGGGUUACCACAACUGCAGAGUGCCUCAUGCUAUUCUAAGGAACAUCUUUGAGAACCCUGGAUGGACCACCCAAUACACACCUUAUCAGCCCGAGGUGGCUCAAGGACGCCUCGAGUCUCUUCUCAACUACCAGACACUGGUGACAGACUUGACAGGUCUCCCUGUGGCUAAUGCAUCUUUAUUGGACGAGGGAACUGCUGCUGCAGAAGCCAUGGCUUUAGCUUAUAGGCAGAACAAGCGCAGAAAAGUGUAUUUGUCAGACAAACUACAUCCACAAACGCUUGCUGUUGUUCAGACCCGGGCCAUUCCUCUUGGUUUGGAAGUUCUGAUUGGUGAUGUAUUUGAUAUCGACUUUUCAAAUCGUGAUGCGUGUGCCGUGCUUAUCCAGUAUCCUGACACAGAAGGAAUAAUUAAAGACUUCUCACAAGUUAUCGAAAGUGCUCAGACAAAUGGAACAAUGGUGGUUUGUGCUACGGACCUAUUGGCCUUGGCAAUUCUCCGUCCUCCUGGGGAAUUAGGUGUGGACAUUGCAGUGGGGACAUCACAGAGGCUUGGUGUUCCUCUAGGGUAUGGUGGUCCACACGCCGGCUUCUUUGCUUGCAAGAACCCUCUUGUACGACUGAUGCCUGGCAGGAUGAUUGGAGUCACAAGAGAUGCUAAUGGCAAGGAAGCAUAUCGCCUGGCCUUGCAGACGAGAGAGCAACAUAUCCGCCGCGAUAAGGCAACCAGUAACAUCUGUACUGCACAAGCAUUGCUUGCAAACAUGUCAGCAAUGUAUGGAGUUUAUCAUGGACCUGAUGGGCUGAAGCGCAUUGCAAAUCGCAUACACAAUGCUGCUAUCAUUUUGGCAAGGGGGCUUCAAGAUUCAGGACAUACUGUUGAAAGUGAAUUCUUCUUCGACACAAUAAAAGUUAAUGCAACUUUGGCUAUAAGUGAAGUUAGAAUGAGAGCUCAGCAGAAAGAGAUCAAUCUCCGUUACUUCAGAGAUGAAACGGUUGGCAUUGCCUUGGAUGAGACAGUGGAGAAAGAAGAUCUUGAUGACCUGUUUUGGGUGUUCAACUGCAAGCAUACAACUGCAGAGAAGGUUGCGAAGAAUCUUGGUGAUAUGGCCCUUCCCAAGGAGCACAUAUCAAACACAGCUUUCGCUAGGACUUCAGAAUUCCUCACGCAUCCAAUAUUCAACAUCCACCAUUCUGAGUCUCAGUUGGUUCGGUACAUGAAGAGCUUGGAGAACAAAGAUGUCUCUCUUGUGCAUUCAAUGAUUCCUCUGGGUUCUUGCACAAUGAAGUUAAAUAGUACAACGGAGAUGAUGCCCUGCAGCUUCCCGCACUUCACAGAGAUUCACCCAUUUGUGCCACCAGAACAAGCUCUCGGCUAUCGUCUCAUGUUUGAAGAGCUAGAGCAUGACCUGUGUGAAAUUACUGGCUAUGACAAGAUUUCAUUUCAACCUAAUAGUGGUGCUCAAGGAGAGUAUGCUGGUCUGCGAGCCAUCAUGUCGUACCUAGAUGCUCGAGGAGAAGGCCAUCGAAAUGUCUGUCUGAUUCCCACCUCUGCCCAUGGUACAAAUCCUGCUUCAGCUCAAAUGGCAGGAAUGAAAGUUGAAGCAGUCAAUGUAGACAAGGAAGGAUCCAUUGACUACAAGCAUCUUUCUGACAAGCUCAAGAAACAUCGAGAAAAUCUAGCAUGUCUGAUGAUCACAUAUCCUUCCACAAAUGGUGUGUUUGAGGACAAUGUAAAGAACGUGUGUGAACUGGUUCACGAAGCCGGUGGUCAGGUGUAUCUUGAUGGUGCUAACAUGAACGCUCAAGUUGGGUUGUGUCGUCCUGGGGAUAUUGGUUCCGAUGUCUCCCAUCUGAACUUGCACAAGACUUUCUGCAUUCCUCAUGGUGGUGGUGGUCCUGGCAUGGGCCCUAUUGGAGUUAAGCGCCAUCUGGAACCAUAUCUGCCCAGUCACCCCAUUGUGGAUCCGAUGGCACUGAUGCAGAAGCGAGCUCGUAGUUUUGGUGUUGUUUCUGCUGCCCCUUAUGGCUCUGCAGCCAUCCUUCCCAUCUCUUGGGCAUAUGUUAAGAUGAUGGGCCCUAAGGGAUUAAGACAAGCAACCCAGGUUGCCAUAUUGAAUGCAAAUUACAUGGCCAAACGUCUUGAAAAACAUUACAAGGUUUUGUAUCGUGGCAACAAGGGGCUGGUUGCUCACGAGUUCAUCCUAGAUAUGCGUGAAUUUAAGAAGACUGCAGGCAUUGAGGCUACAGAUGUAGCUAAACGUCUUCAGGAUUAUGGUUUCCAUGCACCUACCAUGUCAUGGCCAGUGGCAGGCAGCCUCAUGGUGGAGCCAACAGAAUCUGAAGACAAGGCAGAACUUGACAGGUUUUGUGAUGCUAUGAUUUCAAUACGAGAAGAAAUUAGAGACCUUGAGGAAGGUAGGAGUGAUCCAGCAUGCAAUCCACUGAACAUGUCGCCUCAUCCACUAGUUACUGUGAUAUCGUCAAAGUGGGACAGGCCAUACACACGAGAAAAGGCAGCCUUCCCUGCUUCAUAUAUCCGGCCUGAGAGUAAAUGGUGGCCAACGGUGGGUCGCAUAGACGACAUAUAUGGUGACCGCAAUCUCGUUUGUACAUGUCCUCCAAUGGAGGCUUACAGCUCGCCAUAUGAAGAAUAAUUAUUGUAAUAUUGAAUAUACAGUUGUAUUAUUUUUUUUAGCAUGCUGUACACAAUUUAUUGUUUUUGUCACAUUUUAAAGUGGAAUUUAUUUACUGUUAGCAGUGAAGCAACAAAAUGCCAAAUCCCAGGGCUUGGCAAACACGCCCUGCCUUUUAGACGGUAUUAUUCACACCUGUGGAAAGAAUAAAUGGGAUUUGGCUUUGUGUUAAUUGAAGCUCUUAACAAUGCAGUACUAUAUACAGUAUAGCUAAGAAUUAUUGAACACAUUUUUCUUGAGCACUUCACCAGCAGGAUUUUCAUUAAUUUAUUACAGAAACCUUAGAUAACUUUCCUUUUUAAUUUACUAAAAGCAAAAUAAAUAGCGUGUCACAUUACUGAUAAUACUAUGCCUAUUUGAUACACAUUCUGUGGAGAGUUUUUGGUCUUAUAUAUACAAUAUGUACAUUGGUGUGAGGGCAAGGAAAAGGUGUUGCUUGGUUUUUGGAGUGUGCAAUGUUAAACUUAAUCCAGCUUUUACUCAUUUGGUUGGUACAGAGGUAUUUAGGAAGAAAAUGAUGAGAUUUGCUGGUGGAUGGGCAAGGUUAAGAUUUGUUUGAAGUAUAUAGAUGAACGAUUGGCAUAUGCUACCCUGUUAAGAAAAUGGCUUAAUGGGUAUGAAUUGGCAUUUGUUUUAUCUAUGUAAAGAUUUAUUUAUUUAUUAAUCUGAAAAAUUAGUUAUGCUGAAUUAGUUACUUGCAUUAAUAUUCUAGAAAUCGUGUACACGAGUACCCAUUAUAGCUUGGGGAGAACGCUUCUCGGCUUGCAAGCUAAUUGUUUAUUGAAUACCUGGAAAGGUUCACAAGUAAGGUUUAAUUAAUGUUUUGUUAAGCGUAAAGUUGAGGGGUAGCAAAGAUUACAUUUAUUAUAUAUUGUUGAGGUUUUGUGCUUAUUAGUUUUUAUAUUUUUGUAAUUGGGUCUUUGAAGUCCAGGUGCGAAUAAUCAUGUUAGAUUUAUAAUGAAUAGAGUACAGCUCAGUGAUUGUUAUUCAUGGAGACCUGAUCAUUGACAAUCUUGUAUAUACCAAUAUUAUGUAGACAAUGUUUGUUCAAGACCUGUUUAAUGGAGUUAGGCACAUUUUCAUGUACAGUGGAACCUCCAUUAUGCAAACAUGGAAUUUUUAGGUUUCCAUCCCCGCUCACUGAAGCAUGUCUUGGUAAUGAGGUGGUUAACUCCAUUAUCUACAAUACAAUACAAUUUUAUACAAUACAAUUUUAUUUAGGUAAGGUACAUACAUACAAUAAAUAUUUACAAGGAUUGUUUAACUUAUAGGUAUAGCUAGUACAUACAAUGCCUACAAUGCUUUUGCAUACAAUACAACAAUGCCAAUGCAUACAAUGCUAUCUAUAAAAUCUCGGCAUAAUUCAGAGGUGUAGGAUACUUGUUCUUGCCAAAUAACACAAUUAUUUAAUUGGUUUCCUACAUACAUUGAUGCAUUUCUAUUAAAGCACCAUAACUUUAGAGCACAUCUCCAAUAUACUGUACUACCUAAAAAAAAAAAAAGAAUUACAUCUAGGUUUCCAGUUAUCUGAACAUUUAAAGGUUUACCAAUUCGUCGAGACAAUUGAGGUUGCACUGUGCUUUGGUGCAAGGUCAGUUUAAGGUUUAUAGUCACAAAAGCUAAAUUUUAAUUAUGACCUUGACUUGGUAGGUAAUAAGAAUAAAUUGUAAUUCAAAUAAGGUUUAAAUCUUAGUCUUGUGCAAGAAGUUAUUAGCUGCACUUGUAUGUUGUAAAUGCUGAAUGGUCUGCAGGAUGAAAGACAAUUUAAAGAUUUGACAAACUUGGAGUACCUCUGAUUAAGAGAAUUUAAGAGAACCAGUUGUAAAUUAUUUUUAUGCCAGUAUUUCAUCACUGUCUUGGAUAAACACUGUGCAAUCAGUUUCUGGAAUAUAUUUAUCAAAUGGUUUAUAAAAUUUCUUAUGCAUGUGGAAUAAAAUGAAAGUUUUUAA